UUCCACAGGCCGGCACGGUGUGCUCUGCCAACUUCAUGACGGGCUACCCCGACCACGGGAUCUGUUUCGAGGCCAACAACAUGUACUUCAAGUCUCCGGGGGUCAAGGUCAGCCUGUGGACCACCAAGGACGGACCUGAUGUGGUAUUUGACCGGUACCACUACAAGAACUUCACCGAGUGGUGCACGGACAUGCGAGUGGUCACUCUGGAGGUGACCGUGCCGGAUUACGUCACAGACCAGAACGCAGAGUUCCGGUUCAGCUUCUCGGUCAAGAACAAAACAAAGACGGACAUCGCCAAGAUUUACAACAUGGAUUCCUACAAGGAGUGUAAUCUCCACCAUGAGCUGCAGUCAGGCGAGGCGAUGCUCAUUACAGGACAGCGCUAUCCCGCGACACAGGAUCUGCCUCAGGAAUGCUGGCUGACCAUCAGCACCGCGAGUGGCGACGAAUAUGAACAGGUGUGCUUGACCUUGACCUAUCUCGUGGACCAGAACUGUGUCUCGACCUUGAACGUCUCCGGAUUUCAAGAGAGGUGGUGGGAUCCUGUAAAGAGCAUCGGUUGCCAUGACGACCUCCCGAAAGAGUCUAUCACCACGGGGGAGAUGUGCUCCAAGGACAAAAAUUUGACCUUUCUCCUGACCCGGCAGAGUUCUGAUGAGACAGGCAUGACCUUUAAGGCUUCCAUCCACAGCAAAUGGCACACACAUGGUCACGUGCACGUGCAGUCACAGAAGCAAGAUCGAGUGUGA